UCCGCUCUGCCUCGGUCUGAAGCCUCGCAGAGCUCUGGAAGACUCGACUGCUGCAGCCAGUCCCGAGGGAUCUGCACCGAGACUUAUAUCUCAAGACAGGACUGAACUCUUAUGAAGGUACAUGAAACAGAAGCCAAGAUGGAGAAUCAUGUCACACAGAUUUCACGAGAGGACCUGGAAGAUCUCAGGGAGGCCUUUAAUAAAAUUGAUAUCGAUAACAGCGGCUUUGUGAGCGACUUUGAGCUCCAGGAGCUGUUCAGAGAGGCCAGCUUCUCCCUGCCGGGGUACAAGGUGAGAGAGAUCAUGGAGACCUUCAUCUCCGGAGACACCAACAAGGACGAGAAGAUCAGCUUUGAGGAGUUUGUUUCUAUCUACCAGGAGCUGAAGAGCAAAGAGUUCAGUGAGACGUUUAGGAAAACCAUCACGAGGAGAGACGGGAUCCGUUCCUUUGGAGGAACAUCAGGAAACUCCAGCGAGGGAACGCAGCACUCCUACUCUGAUGAGGAGAAGGUGGCAUUUGUCAACUGGAUUAACAAAGCCUUGGCGAAAGAUCCAGACUGCCAACAUCUGCUACCCAUGAACCCCAGUGAUGACAGUCUCUUCACCUCUGUCCGUGAUGGCAUCCUGUUAUGUAAAAUGAUCAACCUGUCUCAGCCUGACACAAUUGACGAAAGAGUCAUCAACACUAAGAAACUUGCCACCUUCAAAAUGACAGAGAACCUGGUCCUGGCUCUGAACUCGGCCUCAGCGAUCGGCUGUACGGUGGUGAGCAUUGACGCCCAUGAUCUGAUGGCUGGGAAACCCCAUCUGGUCCUGGGACUGCUCUGGCAGAUUAUCAAGGUUGGCCUCUUUGCUGAUAUCGAAAUCAGCAGGAACGAAGAUCUGAUCGGCCUUCUGUCAGAAAAGGAGAAUCUGGACCACCUGAUGUCUCUCUCACCUGAGGAGCUGCUGCUCCGCUGGGUCAACCAUCAUCUACGCAACGCAGGAACAAGCACCAUCAGGAACUUUAGUGAAGAUAUUAAGGACUCCCGAGCCUACUUCCACCUGUUGGACCAGAUUACUCAGCAAGGAGAGCGUGACUACAAAAUGACCGUCAACAUCGACAUGAGCGGCCUUGAGGAGCGUAAUCUGGACCGGAGGGCUGAGCUGAUGCUGCAGCAGGCGGCGCGCAUAGACUGCAGACAGUUUGUUUCUCCUCACGACGUUACAUCCGGGAACAGCAAACUCAACUUGGCCUUCGUAGCCAACCUAUAUAACAUGCAUCCUGGUGUGCAGAAGGGUCAAAUCAAUGGCAGCGGCAAUGGCAUCGACAUUGCGCACAUAGAGCCUGAGUCAAAUGAAGAGAAAACAUUUCGAAACUGGAUGAACUCUCUGGGCGUUUCUCCAUAUGUCAACCACCUGUACUGGGACUUGUGUGAUGGUUUGGUGAUCAUGCAGCUUUAUGAGAAGGUUAAUGUGCCUGUAAACUGGAAGAAAGUCAACCAACCACCUUAUCCCGUCCUAGGGGGCAACAUGAAAAAGCUGGAGAACUGCAACUACGCUGUAGAGCUGGGCAGGGAUGUGGCUCACUUCUCUCUGGUCGGCAUCGGAGGAGAAAACUUGAACGAGGGGAGCAGGAUGCACACUCUGGCGCUGGUCUGGCAGCUGAUGAGGAGGUACACAGUGCUGGUUUUGUCAGAUCUGGGUGACGGAGAAAGGGUUGGAGAUCAGAUCAUCCUUGGCUGGGUUAACACCACUUUGAGCCAGAAACGCAAAGACACACAGAUCAGCAGCUUCAAGGACAAACUCAUCAGCACCAGUCUGCCUGUGAUCGACCUGAUCGACGCCAUCGCUCCCGGUACCGUCAAGUGGGACAUGGUGAAGAGAGGAGAGAAGGGAUGGAUGAAGGACGCCGAUAAACAAAAUAACGCCAAGUACGCGAUCUCAUUGGCUCGAAAGAUCGGAGCUCGUGUCUACGCUCUGCCCGACGAUUUGGUGGAAGUGAAUCCCAAGAUGGUGCUCACACUGUUCGCCUCCCUCAUGGGCCACAGUAUGAAAAAGUCCAACCGUUAAAACAGACCUGAACAAGCCACCUGCAAACCAACCACCUUAACCACCAUUAGUUUCUAUGCGCUUUUAAUCUAUUUUUUCCUCCAUCUUUUCUCAUAAUAUCUUUUCUUUGACCUUUAACCUUGCUGCGAUCAUGAGACUGUUAUUUUCUGUUUCUCUUUUUAAGCGAACAAUAAGCCUACAAAGUUGGAAAUCAUUUUUUAUCAGCAAAGCCACUGUAUUUGUUUAUCUGUGAUUUUACAGAACAAGCUUAUAAUAGUUCUUAGUUAUCUUAUAUUUAAUAGUGCAAUACAUCUAUUUAGUUAUUCUGCUAUACAAACGGAAAAGGAGGUACAACAGAAGGAAAAGCAGAAUCAUAC